AUGUCUGCGUUUGCAACACGUCGACGAGAACUGAUGAUGAAAGAGGCGGACAGAACGGGCUACUUCCAGCAUCCGACAGCGAUUAAUAUUCUAAAGGAGACCGAGAUGCUAACCCUCGACGACGUCCGUCUCGUUCAGUUUCGGUCUCGUCGCUUUCGGUCGGUGGGAGACGUUCCGUUCUGUAUCCGUAUCACUGUCUGUGACCUUAGCAGCAACUAUCUGAAAGAAUUCGGCGCUCUCGAGACGUGCUGUCAGCUUAUUUAUCUCGAUCUGCAUAGAAACCAAAUUGACAGAAUUCCAGAACGCGAGUUUUGGCUCAAACUACAAAAGCUUGAGGUGCUGUAUCUCCACGGUAACGCGAUCAGUGAUAUCUCCAGUGUGGAGAACAUGUCGUCGAGCACCAGUCUUUCCAUUCUCACGCUCUAUGACUCUCCGGUUGCACUCCUACAAAACUACAGACAUCGUGUCGUAAACGGUCUAUGGUCACUGAAAGCGUUGGAUCACUUCAUAAUCGCAGACGAAGAGAUCAUCGAGGAAACAGAAUUCGGAGGCAGAUUUUCCGCCAUGACGAAAAAUUUCAAACACGAUUUAUAUCAAUACAUUCCAUUCGGGUGCACACAUAAAGAGGGAAAUCAAAUCGUCAAACUGUUUGUGAGGCGAGUGAGCAGCCUUCAUGCAUACAACUCGCCGGUCAUUACAAUACAGAAGUGGAUACGGGGCUGCCUGGUGAGGAGACAAACAUCAUCAGUGAGAUGGCAGAGAUGCAAGGCGGCAGUCACCAUCCAACAGGCAUACAGACAAUACAAGAAUAUAAAAAUUCCAGUCGGCGAGCCACUCGAUUCGAGCGAACUGUCACAACAAACUCCAUUUCCUUCGUCACCGACGCCCAACUACGAGCAGUAUUACCUCCACAGACCGAUAUCUGGUAGCUCCACGUGCAGUUACUCUGCUCGGUCGUCAAGGUUAGGAUCGAGGCAAAAGAGAAAUCGUGUAAUUCUGAAACGAAUCGAGAAGAACAUAUCGGAAAAGGCCAAACUGGAUGAGAUGGAGAUGGCAGACAUCAGUACGUCGCCUCGUUAUUUACUCACAAAGGUGUCUCCGACCAUCAAACGGAUAUCGAAGUCGUUACUACAACCGAGUGAUGAGAAGGAUGACCUACUGGUAAUGGCUGAGAAGAGACUCGCCGCAGCUGAAGGGAAAAGCCAAAGAGCGAAGCCAAAAUCGAAAAAGACAACAAGUAUGUUGAUGGAGUUGGAUCGUUGUAGUUCGCCAGUGAAGUGUGAGAAUCGAGGAGUCAAGUAUGAGGACGACGUUGAACUCGAUGUGACCAUUCGACUUCCUGUUAUACAAACACAGGAUCCAAUCGAGGACAUUAUGAUGUCGAAACGUCAAGCUGGACGUGAAGGUCGAGUGGCUACGAAAGCGGCAGACAAACUACACUCUAGUAUUCCGAAACCAAACAUCACAAAAUCAGAACAGAGCGCCAAUGAUCAAAUCCUAAUUGAUCACAUCCAGACGAUGAGCCUGGCAUGUCUCUCCGCCGUUGACAAAGCUUAUCACAAGCAAAAGAAAGCACAAGAGAGAGAGACUAAAGUGCAGUGGGUGAGAGAAACACAGCGCGCUCACAUCCAAGCGACAGACGAAAACAAGGCAAAACGACGACAGAAACAAAUGAUAAUAGCCAAACAGAAAGCCAAAGAAAAGAAACAGUUAGUGAGGAUACGACGAGAGCUCGACGAUGAAAACCAACGAAUACAAGAAGAUGCGAAAACCAAGAGAUCCAACGAGCAUCGUCACGAGGAAGACGAAAAACAGGAGAGAGCAUUUAUUCAAGACUUCCAGCAGCAGCAGCUAUCAGUCGGUCAAGCUCUCGUAAAGCACGACCUACACACCAUUCGAGACCAGCACGCCAAAGUGGCACAAACACGCACGCACAAGAGUCGGCAAGAGAACCGCGAGCAACAAGACACGGUGAAAACAUUCAUGGAGCAUCGACAGCUACAACUAGCCAACAGAUCGGCGAUCGAGAAGGCACAACUGAGUGCCUACCUACUCAGAGAAGCAAAUCAGUCGUUACUAGAGGCGAGACGGCGAGUAUCUCGCGAGAGAAGUCGCCGGAAAGCGAUUCACAGAGAGGCGGACGCUCUCUUUCCGCUUCCCUACGACGAGUGCGUUCCGAGCGUGAGUAGCAACGUUCUUUACCUCGACUUGCCCAACUCAAAGCAGGGCGAACGAUCAAUAUUGUACAUGAACAAAUCGAAAUACAGAAGAGACAGCUCUCUUGCAGUGUCACUCUAGUUACGAAGAAAUGCUUAGAAAAUUGGUUUUAACCGAGUACUCUGAUGG